GUUUUCUCCCCUGUGUUGUGAACAUGUUUGGACGAGGCGCGGUGCUCUGCCUUUAGUUGAUGCAUUUUACUGUAAAAAAAACUGUCUUUUUUCACCCAAGUUGUGCUGAUGUGACCGAGAUCCCCGUUAACUGCGGAUGUCCCUGACCAAUUCAAGCGUCUUUCUGCUUAACGAGGGUUCAGCCGAUUCCUACACUAGUCGACCCUCGGAUUCCGACCUGUCCCUGGAGGAGGACCAGGAGGCGUCUCGGCGUGAAGCCGAGCGCCAGGCUCAGCUGCAGCUAGAGAGAGCCAAGUCCAAACCAGUAGCAUUUGCAGUGAAAACCAACGUAAGUUACUGUGGGGCCCUGGAUGAAGACUGUCCGGUCCAAGGUGCCGCUAUUAACUUUGAAACCAAAGACUUCCUGCACAUAAAAGAGAAAUACAACAAUGAUUGGUGGAUUGGUCGGUUGGUGAAGGAAGGGGCAGACAUCACUUUCAUCCCAAGCCCAGUCAAACUGGAAGCCAUGAGGAUAAAACAAGAGCAAAAAGCAGCAGCAAGGAAAGGAGGGAACGCUUCAUCUGGAGGCUGGAGGUCGACCCCGCCAUCUGCAGCCAAACAGAAGCAGAAACAGACUGAACUUGUUCCUCCGUAUGAUGUGGUCCCUUCCAUGCGGCCAGUUGUGCUGGUUGGCCCUUCACUGAAAGGUUAUGAGGUAACAGACAUGAUGCAGAAAGCCUUGUUUGACUUCCUAAAGCACAGAUUUGAUGGCAGGAUCUCUAUUACACGGGUGACUGCUGAUCUGUCACUGGCGAAGCGCUCGGUUCUGAACAAGAAGGCCAUAAUGGAGAGAUCCAACACACGCUCCAGUCUGGCUGAGGUCCAGAGUGAGAUAGAGAGGAUCUUUGAGCUGGCCAAGUCUCUCCAGCUGGUCGUCCUGGAUGCAGACACCAUCAAUCACCCGACACAGCUCCUCAAAACAUCUCUUGCCCCCAUCAUCGUCUACGUCAAAGUCUCGUCGCCUAAAGUCCUUCAGAGGCUGAUCAAAUCUCGAGGGAAGUCACAAAGCAAACACCUCAACGUCCAGAUGAUGGCAGGGGACAAGCUAGCACAGUGUCCACCUGAGAUGUUUGAUGUCAUCCUGGAUGAGAAUCAGCUGGAGGAUGCAUGUGAACAUCUUGCGGAGUACUUGGACAUUUACUGGCGUGCUACACAUCUUCCCUGUUCUGCCCCUGUUAACCCCUUACUGGACCAAAGCGUGAUCACCCCACCCUCAGCUAACUCCAGCCAACAGUUUUCUGAGACUCAAGAGUUGAUAGAAUGAUCACUACCGCAGACAUAGAAAGCCUGUGCUCUCGGCUGGGGUCAGACUAGGAGGUCAUAGAGCACAGGGACCAGGGUGCCACCAGGGGGCAGCAGCAGCCCUCAUCUCUCCAAAGCCAGCCACCGCCUUCUCUGGCCACACCUGGGGCGAAGAAGAGAACAAGAGGAGAGUCCCUCCAGAGAGAAAGAGCAGGAGGCUGGUGAGCUGGAGGAAGAGGAGACACAAAAGGAGGUAGAGGAGUGCAGGAGGAGGAGGAAGAUUCGAGAGAGGAGCCUCCACCUCACUGCUGCCCCCUUGCGAAGUGCUCCCUGCUCCCACCGCCACACGACAACUCAGGGCCGCUUUCAACAGCGAGUACUGAUAACAAAAGCAAGUACAGCAGUGCAGUCUCUGCACAGCACCUCCCCUCACCCUUCCUCCCACCCUGACCUUGUUCCCAACUCCCUGCUUUCACACUGGAAGUCACAGCCCCAAUGCUGAGCCAGCCCAUGUGUGAUCAGGGCUGUUCCAGACACACAUAGGCUAAUUCAGCUCUCAUUGUACACUAAUUACACACCCGUGAAGGCAGAGUAUGUUAGCAUACAGAACUGUAGCAUAGCAACGCUAUCAGUAUAACCCAAAACAUGAGUAGCUCCCGGUUGUCGGGUUCCCAGGGUUUCCUCUCUGAUAAACCUGGCUUCCCCCUCUGUCCAAAGAGUGCACACAGAAACACAUUCUGUCUGUCCUCCGUCUCUACAGCUCGCUGUGAGUUGUCAUUCCAGUUUAACAAAACGUUUCCUCAAAGGCACAAUUGUUUCUAGCAGAGUCAAUAUGGAUUCACCUGUGUUGGGACACCCAAGGAAAAUGAAAACUUUCCUCUUCCUUUUUAUUAUGUAGCCUUUUUAAAUGAUUUCCUUUUUUGUUUUGAGUAACUAUCUAUACUACUGUCUAUAAUUCAUAUCUUGGCUCUUAGUGUAGCUGAUCACAUAUCUGUACAGUACGCAAAAGUGAUGCAAAACUCAUGCAUGAUAAGCACAUACUUGCACAUCAACGGUAUAUAUGCAUCUCUUGUCACAGCUGUGAAUGUAUAAAUGCUGGUCCGUUGGCUUAGGAAGGAUUAUUUACAAUAACUGUGGUUUGUUUGCAGAUGUUUGGUGGCAAACUAAAAUGAAAAUGCAAUUCAAUAUUAACCAGAAAACUGUGUUUUAUUGUCAAAUAUGAUUUUUAUUUUUUGCCCAAAAGAAAUUAAUUAAAACUUUUCUUCCUGACACAAUUUAACAAACUCAGACAUAUAAUUUGUAGCAUAAUCAGAUAUCAGGAGAUUCACUGAUAUUUAUGUAGGUUACGUCAAGAAAAAAAGCUUUUUUUUUUACCACAUCAGUGUUGCAUUUACAUUUCACACUUCACUGCUACUCUGUUGUGUAGUAACGAAGUGGGUGUAAUUAUUAUUAUGAUUAUGUAGAAUUAUUAUCUGCUUGUUUGUUGGCAUUAACAGCUCGACACGUGUACAUCGGGCCUAUAAGUAUAUGGAGGGUGACCUCUGGUGGUAUAGUUAUGUUAUUUCUUACCGCUGCAAAUUUCUCUGCCCUUUGCAAACAAACGGUGAGAUAUACAUUAAAUAUGCAUCCACAUAAAUGAAGAAUACAAAGACAACUCAAUUGUCUUUGCUGCAAAUUCCAAAAGUUUCAUCCAAACGUUGCAUAGCCACUGAUUGUCUCUUUAUUUAAUCGUAUUGGCCUCUAUUUUAUAUCUUACAGUGCUGACAACAAGGAAGCUCAAUCAUUCACUGAGAUUCUCUACAUGAAUACAUCUGCUUUCAACAUAUAAACUAUAGAAUUCAGCUAGCAUACCAUAUAUGUAAAUAAUCAAAUGUAUGUGCAUGGCAUAUUGUAUUUCGGUUAUAUCAGAAGGGCUUUUUAGGACCAUCAUCACACGAGCCAUUCAGUUUUCAGAAUAUAUCAACAUGACCUACAUAACCAGUCACAUGUAUCAAGACUUAAUUGUACAUACUGUAUAUUCAAUAUGCAGAUUAUUAUUAUUAUUAUUAUUAUUAUUAUUAUUAUUAUUAUUAUUAUUAUUAUUAUUAUUAUUAUUAUUAUUAUUAUUAUCAACUUGCACAGAAAUAACAAAUGCUGACAGGAAGUAGAAGGGUUUUAGUCACAGUACACAAUUGUAUACUCAACGCCUCAGACAGCAUGUGUUUAUAUGUAUUUUCCUCUCUUUUUAGAACGAUGCACUGCAGUUAUUUAGGACCACAGUGAAGUUUGCUUCCACUGACACCCACAUUCAUUUCUGAAGGAUCAGGUUUGAGAUACAUAACUUCUACUUGUUGAAACACAGAGAGAGCACAGUACCUUCUUUCGAUAAAUACAUUUAAAAAUAAAUAGAUAUUAGCUCCUUCUAUUUGCUUAACUUUUAUUGCAGGAUAUUUCUACAAAAGGUGAAUUAUUCUUUGGACGUCCAAAGCACAAUUUUUUACAAUUAUCAUUUCCUUUUGUGUUUCACUUGCCUAAAUUCUGUAUGCAAUACAAAGUCUAGCAUUGAAGAGACACUAGCUGAGACUAUCAAGGUAUCUCCUCAGUUAUGACGGGGUAUAAUUGCACUAUUAUCAUUUAUAUGUCUGCUUUAUGAUGCAAUAAAUGCACUGAACGUUAUGCUGUACCCACCUCCAAUACUGAACAAGUUGUCUGGUCUGAUGAUGAUGUCAACAAUUCAUGUGGUUUCUGACAAGUCGACAAGAUAAAUGAUAUCCAACAGUGUCUGAUGAUGAUGUGUACGGGGUGCAUCUUUUGUCUAUAGCACAUUUGAAAGAGGGGGUGAAUAAAACACAACAACAUUUAAGUAA